AAACAACAUUACAAUAUUUUGAAAUAUGUCACAUCUUGUUGAAGAUUGUCUUAGGAUUAUUUUUACUAAAUUGCAAUAUGAUUCAAAUUCUUUAUAUUCAUGUAUUUUGGUGAAUAGUCUUUGGUGUAUGAUAGGAGUACAAAUAUUAUGGAAAAAUCCUUAUGAGACUCUUAAUAAUCGUAAUCAAUAUAAUAAAUUUUUUAACACAAUAAUUUACUUAUUACCAGCAUCUUCAAAGAAAUUAUUAAAUGAAAAUAAUGUUGUUACACUUUCGAUUCCUUUUUCAACAAACAAACCAUUAUUCAAUUACAUUAGUUUUUCUUCCAAAAUUUCAUCAGAACUUAUAUAUAAUAUGGGGCUUGCAUUAAUUAAUGAAGUACUUAAUUCUUAUGAAUAUCAGGAAAAGUAUAAAAUAUUGGAACAAGAAAUUUACAAAUUAUUGAUUAGUAAUUGCAAAAAUAUAACAGACUUUAAUUGGUUUACAACAUUGCCUUUAUAUCAAUAUCCUGGGGCAUCAACUUUCUUUUCUCAGCUGCGUACCCUUGAUAUUGAAUGUAAUCAAAGUUUGGAUUCAGAAAAACUGUUAGGAAUGGCACAAAUUUGUCAAAAUAUCGAAAUUUUGAAAAUAUGGUAUUAUGGAAGGGACAUUCCAGGAUUAAUUUUUUACGCUCAAAUUUCUGUAUAA